GUCUAACGUCACCGAAGUACAACAAGGAAGUGGCUGCGAACGGUUCUCGCCUUCUCGGUAUAUCCUAACUUACUUCUCGUCCAGCUAUGUUGUUGUAUGGUGUCGCAGUACCGACCAGCUUUCGGGUUGUUGUCACAGUUCUCCUGGUAGCAUUGGUACCACAAGCAAAGUGUGAGAAGUUUAUAGACAAGAAUGGCUACUUGAAGUGGAACCUCGGCAGUAAUGUUCUAGUGGGCGCUGAGACAAGACUGGAGUUCACAUUCCGCUACUGUAACAACAAGGGCGUGCUGAUUUACCAACAAGGGGAGGGGAGGAACUUCUUCGCAUUAGGAGUCAACGAUCAGAGACUGUACAUCGAGGCGUCCAUAGAUGGACUGGCCGUGGAGAUGUACGCCGGCGAGAACGUUCUCAGGAACCAGACCCACGAUGUCACCAUCACAAACCUGAGGACCCUGAACGCCAACACCGGAGUCAUCAUCGACGGGAUCGCCUACACGCCAGAGGUGAUCACGGACGUGGUCGUGGACUUGGACUUCAGCCGCAGCAUCCUCGUCGGAGAAACUCAGAUUGGUGGAUACGAAUCCAUUGAUCAACUGAGGCUCAACACCCAGCGCCUGAAGGCCUACCCCAUCGUCUGCAUAGACUUCAUGCGUGCGGGGCAAACCGACAUCGACCUGAACAACCCCGACAGCUCGCUGGGCGUGACGGACCGGUGUGUCGUCUGUCUGCCGCCAUCCGUGGUCACUCUGACGAAGACGACGUCAUUCCUAGAGAUGAAGGUGGACAGCACUCCCCGGUCCAACACGAUCAUCAGUAUCAACUUCAGAACUAAGGCUCCAGACGGUGUCCUGUUCUAUUUCGGAGGCCCGGCGUACCUGGCUCUGUACUUGGAGGGCGGGGCGCUCGUCCUGCGGCUCAACACAAGGGGAAGUGGUGCUGACACCAAAUAUAAAACAACCAGAACAACCUUCAAUGAUGGAGAAAUGCAGGAAGUUUCCGUGACGAGGACAGGCAACAUGGCCACCUUGGUUGAUGGCGCCGGGAAUAUUAUUGCUCGAGUAACUUUCGGAGGCAGUCAGAACAGCGCCCAGGCCCUGAACGCGGACCGCCUGUACGUGGGCGGCUUCCCGGACGCUAACAGCGCAGACCUGUCCUCGGACAUCGAGGUGCGGCAGUCGUUCCGCGGCUGUUUGGAGGAGCUGCGCUUCUCCUCCUACAGCGCCGUGGAAGAGGCGCCCACACAGAUCAACUUCGAGAACCAAAAUGAGGCGUCCAGAGAUGUGGACUUCUCUGCCUGUCUGGAGUCUGCCAGCUGCCAGUCCUACUCGUGUACGGGAGAGGGUCAGCAGUGCAGCAUGGGAGUGUGUGAGUGUAUCCGUGGAUACGGAGUCCUGUCUCAGGACCCGCUCGAAUGCUACAACAUCGACGACUGCAGUCCCAACCCCUGUCAGAAUGGCGCGGUGUGCACGGACAAGAUCGCCGACUACAACUGCACCUGUACGGACCGGUACAAAGGUAAAAACUGCAGUGUCAUCCGCAACUGCUAUGACUUCCCGUGUCUCAACGGCGCGGAGUGCAUCGAACUGGACACGCCGACACCUAGCGCGGCUGGCCGGAACUGCAGCUGUGCGCCAGGCUACAAGGGCGUUGACUGUGGACAGGACUGUGACGAAUGUACUGAACAGUGUAACAGCGGAAUUUGCGUGAACUCCAUCAGCUGUGAAAACAGCAUCGGGGACUUUGUCUGCGAGUGUAAGGAAGGCUACGAAGGGAAGGACUGCAGCAAUGAGAUAGACCACUGUAAGGACAACCCGUGCGGCACCGGCAUCUGUAACAACUUCCUGACGGGAUACAACUGCACUUGUCCCGACGACCCGACAGGAGCCGUGCCGAACCGUCAGAGCUGCGGCUCGCUCCAAGCUCCUAACCCCAUCUCGCCCGCCGCCCUGGCAGCCAUUCUUGUCUGUCUUUCUUUCUUUAUUCAAGUUGUUACAGGACAACACACUGCGGGCACUAGGCAGCGAAGCUGAUAUUGUGGCCACAGACAUAUAAAUAUACAAUACAAAAUGGACAUGUAUAUACAAGCAAUAGAAUAAAAUAGUUUUUACAUUAAAAGCAGUUAAAGCUAACAUUUUGUACGAACUAGCUAAGGAUUUACUGGACAGAGGUACGGCUGGAAGUGAAUCUUUUGGUAGAUAUCGUGUACACACACAGUGCUUCUGAAAGCUGUCUAUUGGUGACAGCGUCAUGGUCAGGUGAGCCCUGGAGCAGGAGUGAAACAGUAGGCCGUUGUUGUACAAGGCGUUCAACGGUGGAGGUGAGUUUGCUACGCUGGUCGGAAUACAGGGGGCAGUGUAGCAGGUAGUGUUGAACUGUUUCGGAGGAAGCCCCACAGACACAAUGUUUGCUCUUGAUGUUCAUUUUGUACAAAGUACUGUUUAGUUGGCACCAACCCAUGCGUAGCCUGGCAGCUUGGAUGUUACUGUGCCUUGGGCCGAGUCGUCGGUAAGUUUGGUGGUGCCUUGUGGAUAGCAGAUGCUUUUUGCUAACUCUCUUGAAAUCAGUGAGGCUUUGGGCGUCUCUGACUGUCUGCGGUAGCUGGUUCCAGAGUGACGAUGUGAAAGGAAUAAAGCUGUUUUUGAAUGUCUGGGUCCGGCAACGAGGAACAUGAAGGUGAGUGUUGUUACGUAGCUGUAGACGUGUUGUAGACUGGGCGCCUCUUGUUGACGGAGUAAGCAGCUGUAGAUGUGGGGGUACAGGUCCGUUCUUCAUGUUGUACAUGAUGGUGAGUGAGUUGAGCUGUCGUCUGGUGGCUAGAGAGUCCCAUUCCAGUUCCUGCAGUAGGUUAGAUUUUGGAGUACCUUUCAUCGCCCCUGUGACGAGAAGGCCUGCUUGGUACUGGACCUGUUCUAGUAACCUGCUAGCUGAACUUGCCAAGUCACCCAGUAGCGCUGACGCGUACUCCAACUUGGGUCGAACUAGAGCAAAGUAUGCUGUUUCUAAGGCCUGUCUUCCAAGUUUGCCACUGACUUUGCGCAAGAGGCCUAGCAGUUUUCUACUCUUGCCUGUGACCACCUGUACGUGUUCCGUCCAUCUGAGGGAUUGGUGAAUGGUGACACCUAGAUGGCUGUAGAAAGGCACUUGUUCCACAAUCUUCCCGAGUAAGUAGAUAGGAGGUAGCUGGACGUUGUUACGAUCAGAUUUUAUGCAGACUACCUUACACUUAUCAGGGUGUAAACUGAGGCCCCAGUCAAGAAACCAGGUGGAUACUAGUUGUAGAUCUAUAUUUGUGGUGGCUGCCACUUCCUGCACAGUCUUGGCUGAGUUGUAGAGAGAUGUGUCGUCUGCAAAACAGUUUAGUGAUGACCUGCAUGGGAGGCUCAUCAGAUCAUUUAGGUACAGCAGGAACAACAAAGGUCCCAGUAUACUGCCUUGAGGUACACCUGCUGCCGUUGAACCCCAGGAUGA